AUGUUCCCUUCUAUCGAUGUGUUUCCCUCCUCUGCUAUGUUACCCGGACUAGGUGGAAGUCUCUAUCAAUCCAAGUACACCAAGUCCACUCGUCGCCCUUCCCCUCCUGUUAAUCAAAACCCUCAACUCUCUUCGGCUCCUCGAUCCUUCUCAGGAGCUAAUCAAGUCAGAAUAGGUGAUCGAAGACCUCGUGUUCCUUUCGCUCGAAAGGAGGAGACGCCAAGAGCUGUCUUUUUCUGCGACGCACAAGAGGAAGUGGAGGAAUCGAGCUCAUCGGGCCGAGACACUAUCCAGGCCCCACAAUCAUCAAGUCACGAGCUUCUCACCAAAAUUGAAGAGAAAGAGACUCGAAUCAGACACUUGGAAACAGAGUUUGCGCUGGCUCAAGAUCGCAUUCACUAUCUUGAGUCUCGUAAUAAUAUGGCUUGGAAUCGAGUCGAGGCAAUGGAGAAGGCAGUACGAGAGUUUGAGUCAACUCUUCUCACUCCUACUUGUUGUGUACCUUGUGCACUUGAGCGGGUUAAGGGCCAAUGCGACGACUUGCUUCGCUUUCGAGGCGGGGAAGGAGAUUGCUUACUUUGUCUUGAGUCGGGCGGAGGUGAACCCAGAGAUGAGAGCGGCUCAAUGGUGCCUACCGUAGAAGCAGAGGCAACAAAACCUGCUGCUCUGCUACCCUCUUUGGAAUCAUCGCUGGAUUCGGGAUCUAGACGAAUUCAUGAACCCCAAGAGCCGAUCUAUCCUAUGGCUUCACCUAGCUAUAGGUUCCCCCCGCCUGCCUCUGAACCGACUUCUGAGGAUAUCUUUUUACCGGCUUCUUCCAGCUAUACGUUUCCAGAACCCUCUACUGAACUCUCUUCCGAAGAUCGACUUGAAUCUGCCCAUACUCCGCCAACCUCUAGUGUAUCAAUGCCCCUUCCUCCGCUUGAGCUUCCGAUCCCUGAGGAGAUAUCUCAUCCCGAAAUCUCCUGGGUGCUCCUAGAUAGUACAGAUGGGGCGGACAUGAUGCUGCUCAACUAUGGGCAACAAGUUGGACACGGAUGGAGACGUUCAGGGAUCAGAUCGAGCUCUUUUCCAGAGGGUCAGCUGGGUCAGCGGACUGGGAUCAGAAAGAGGGAUCAAGAAGAGGAAGCUGCUCGGGAUGAUGUUGGGUUAGAUCAUGUUGGUAAACGGGCAAGGACAGUAUGCUAA